GACGCACGAGUCAUGUGUUGUUUGUGCUGUGCUCUGUAGUGUACACAGGGCGCGAGCAGCAGAUUGGUAGCCCGCUAGGAGGAUCUACCGAUAAUAGAUCGGGUAAAUGUGGUCAUGUUGCAGUUGCUGGCAUUGAGUUCGAGGAGCAUUGGCUGGGAUACCUGCUUUUCAUGUGGCGGACGAGAGAAGCGCAACACUGAAAAGACUUAAGUGCGCCGCCUGAGACACGGUUCCCCCCAAACAAACAUGGGGUCUCAGUCUAUAAGCCUGAGGUAAAGUGACCUUAAAUCUCUUAUCUGAUGGCAAAUUUCGAGGACUACCAAGAAGGCAAAGCCGCUAUGUUGAUGCUGGAAACGCAACAGCGGGCUAUCGGGACUAAACCUGCAGCUGCAACGACGAACGGCGACACUUCUGUCGGGGAACCCCCUUCCGUACUUGAUGUCGGUGGCGCUGCUUUUCAUCAACCGAGUGAACAACAUCAACAGCAGCAGCGGCAACAGCACCUGGAAUCGCCGGCGAGGAAAGGAUCCACGUCCUCUCUCAACCGAGCGCUGGAGGACUCUGCUGCGAGUAACACACACACUACCUCAGCCUCCCCUGCUGUGAACACCAGUUCCGCCGUGUCGGACGACAUUAGGAAGUGUGGCUAUCUGAGAAAACAGAAACACGGCCACAAGCGGUUUUUCGUCUUGCGGACGUCGAGUCAUCUGGGGCCGAGCAGACUGGAGUACUAUGACAGUGAGAAGAAAUUUCGAAACACACUGCGCUCCAGCGCCGCUGCUGCCGCCGCCGCCACAGCCACCUCAGCUGGUGCCUCUCCCCCCAAAAGAGUGAUCUAUCUCUACCAGUGUUUCACUGUGAAUAAAAGGGCGGAUUCUAAGAAUAAACAUCUCAUUGCUCUGUAUACUAAGGAUGAAUACUUCGCUAUUGUCGCUGAGAAUGAGCAGGAGCAGGAGGAGUGGUACCAGGCGCUCAGUGAGCUCAUGAGCGAGGGGAAGAAAGGCCACCUGGACGCGGAUGAGAUUGACGAUGGAUACGGUACUGUGACCCCUGGGACUGACUUUAAAGAAGUGUGGCAGGUAAAUGUAAAACCAAAGGGCUUGGGCCAGACCAAGAAUCUAACCGGCGUUUAUAGACUCUGCCUGUCUGCCAAGAGCAUCCACCUGGUGAAGCUAAACUCUGAGACGCCUUGCGUGAACUUGCAGCUGAUGAACAUCAGACGCUGCGGCCAUUCAGAGAGCUUCUUUUUCAUUGAGGUUGGCCGGUCUUCUUCUAUAGGACCCGGGGAGGUUUGGAUGCAGGUGGAUGAUUCUGUGGUGGCUCAAAACAUGCACGAGACCAUUCUAGAGACCAUGAAGGCACUGAAGGCGUUUGCCGAAUUCAGGCCCAGAAGCAAAAGCCAGUCUUCUGGCACCAACCCGAUGGGUUUCAUCACUACGCGGCGACACCUGGGCAACCUCCCGCCCAGCCAGACGGGGCUCCAGCGGCGGUCUCGGACAGAGUCUGUGGUGGGCACGCCUCCUAGCAGGAAGAGCAGUGGAGCAAGUGGCUACCGAUUCCGCACAUCCAGCGAAGGAGAAAGCACAAUGAACCGCCCCUUUCGCUCUGUGACAGGUAGCCUUAUUCAUCUCAACACAGCCCGUGCUAACCUGAGCCGACAGGAAAGUAGCAGUGGGGCUGGGGCCCGCUAUAUUCGUGCCCCACCAGGCUCCACUUAUCAUGCCCGUUCUGCCUCGCUGCCAGUGUCACACUUUCCUUCUACCACCAGUCCGAUCAGCAUGUCCAGCAGCAGCGGGCAUGGCUCUGUGUCAGACACAAUCACUCGCCCCUCCAGCGCGUCCAUUUGUGGAUCCCCGAGCGAUGGAGGUUUCAACUCAUCUGAUGAGUAUGGCUCCAGCCCAGGAGACUUCCGAUACUUCAGAGUGCGUAGCAACACCCCCGACUCUUUAGGAAACACACCACCAAUCCGUGAGGAGCACUGCCUCAAUGACUACAUGGCUAUGGGCUGGAAUCGCGACGUGGUUGGAACGAGUGCAGCGAGUGAGGUGAUCAAAGAUGAGAGCGCCGAUGAUGAUUCACGACCGGGGUCUUUAAGGAGGCGAACGCCCUCCUUCUCCAGGCAUGUUGGGGGUGCCAGUGCUGCUGGAGUUGCUGUUUAUCAAAAGAUGACCCAGACCACCUUCUCGCUGGACGAGGCUGUGGCUGAGAGUAGCUCUUGGGGUGGCAGUGCCCAGACUGUGUCUACCUCCUCCUCUCUCUGCUCUGACUACAGCUCCAGUUCUGAACACAGCCAGGACCGGCCCCCUAGCCUACGGCCCGCAGACGCGCCUAAAGAUGAUGGGUACAUGCCCAUGAUGGCAGGUGUGCUGCCCUCCACUAGUGAUGCAGACUACAUGCCUAUGCAACCAAGUAUCCUCCUCUCUGCCUCCCCACAAGUCCAAAGUGCUGCUUCACAUGUUCCCCAGCACAUGGACUCUCAAGGCUAUAUGAUGAUGCUCCCAGGCAGAGGUGGGGCUUCUGACUCUCCCGUCCCAUCCAGCCCUGACAUUAGCAGACGAGCAGAGGGACAAAGAGCCUCAGAGCGUCAUGAGAAUGCAGAAUACAUGGAUAUGUCUCAGAGCAGCUCCACAGCUAAUGCUCAAAAGGUUUCUGCUGAGAAUUAUUAUGCCUUGAGCACUCCUGGUGUCCCCAAAUCCUACAGUCCGUAUUUCUCCCUCCCUCGCUCAUACAAAGCUCCAUCCAGAGACCAGGCUGAGCAUGAUGAAUAUGUCCCAAUGAGUUCCCCAGCAAAACCAGUCUACAUUUCUCCCACAGCCACCCCAGAUCGAAGUAGCAGGUGCCCACCUUCUGAGUCCUCUCAACAUAACGGCUUCACAGACCGACGUGCCGUUCGGCCAAACCGCCUGCCCCUGGGAAGGCGGAGUUUGCAUGGCUCUCUGCGAGCAGGAGAAGUGGCAGUGCGCCCUUCCAGCCCUGGAGAAUACAUCAAUAUUGAAUUUGGGGAUCGGCCCGCAUAUUCCGCCUGCCAGUUGUCUGCUGAAGGCUCCCCCUCAACUGUUAGCAUCAGUCGGGAGCAACGCAAGUCCCCGCUGCCACAGGAUUACAUGACUGUCGAGGUGGAUGGUCUUCCACCAAAGAGUCGUUCCCCACGGCCCUCCCUGGUGGCUCCCUGGAAUCCUCCUUCAUAUAUCCGGCCCUCAUCAUCCUCCCACUGCAGUGGAAUCAUGGUGGGUAAGCCUGACGUCUACACGGAAAUGUCUUUUGGCCCUGAGGAGGAGUCCAAGAGCCCUACAGCAAUGCUUGAGGACCUGUGUAUCCUGGAGCAACGUUUUUUUCCCUUCAGCCCCCCGACUGAGCCUAAGGUUGUCCGUGCUGAUCCCCAGGGCAGGCGGAGACACAGCUCAGAGACCUUUGUCACAUCAUCAGGAGCGUCAGGUGGAAGUGGUCCGGACGCCAGUGGCACCGUGCCUAGCAGUAGUGGGGCUCAGCAGGUGGGCCGCAGCAAGGGUCAAAACUUUGACUCUGUUUGGACUGAAGGCAUGACAUCUGGCAGUGAGGUAACACAUGGAAACUUCUCAGAUAGAGCCAAUUCCCCCUCUGUGAGGUCUGCAAGGACUCUACCUGUGGAACACCAGAAUGGCCUGAACUACAUCGCCCUAGACCUGAGAGACGAUCUCCGGCCUGGGAACAGUCAUGAUGCGCUUCCCUUGCCAUCCUCCAGCGCUUCUCCCCCAGAGAACGGUGCCUAUGCCAGCAUAGAUUUAAUGAAAUCUGAGGGACUUACAUCAACAUCUAAAGACUAAGGACAGUCCCAUCAAGCUCCUGCGGAGAUGCCGGAAAACGUGAGAGCCCUAGCACACAGCCCUGCGGCACAACAAAAGGAUCCUGAGUUUUGUUUUAACGACUUUUAUGGUUAUUUUUAUUUGUUCCCGUGCUGUCUCGGAGCGGAUCCAUACGUUCUGUCCUGUAUGAGUUCAGUGCUUUAUUGUGAUUUUAUUCGCUGCAUUAAAAGGGAGGUUCAUCUUAUGAAGACACCAUAAUCCAAAAGUCUGGUUUGGGCAGGUGCAUGCUGUUUACAAGCAUCACGCGUAUGUACAAAUUGUAUUUAUUUCCCAGAAAGAUUUCAGGUGCAAUUACAGAUUUUAGUAUUUAUGUUUACCGUUGGCUUAACAGAGAGAGCGUAUAUUGGUACGGGAUGUGACUGUACAGCAGUAGUGUCUUUUUUUUUUUUUUUUUUUUUUUUUUUUUUUUUUUUUUUUACGACUGUCCGUCUCUGUUUGGUCCUCACUUAAUGUUCCACGCACAUCUUCAGUUUUGGACCGUAGAAACCUCCUCGUUUGUACUAUCAACACUGUUCUUCGGUAUCUGUGAGUGUCAGGCUAGUCAUGAUGUUUCAGUCUGCUUUACCCCGCGCAGGGCCCCAGGUGUUCUUCGCGGUGCCUUCUUGGCAUGUGGCGCGGCCCAAACAUAGGCUUUUCGUAUGUCGUCCCGUACUAAUUUUUGACCAGCAUCUCCUUCGCUUUGCCAAGAGAGAGGGUGGAAGGAGUGGGGGUGCAGGAAAAGAGGAAGGGUCUAUUCUGGGACUCCCCAGAUGAAAUCUGCUGCAGUUGCUGAAAUGCCACUAGGAUGAGCACAGAGUUGAUGAUUUAUAUCAUCCAAAUAAAUAUAAAUUCGUUCUCUAGUUACGUUUUGGUACCCACAAUAAAUAAACUGUAAGUGGAGCCCUUCUGCAACUUUGUGGGAACAAACAGCACAAUACCAAGGUACAAAAGCCCAAUUCUGUCUGUGUAAAUCAUUAUGCAUGCUGUUGGCAAGAUCGAAGGGUCUCCUUCAAUCAGCAACAUAAAAAGUCACAACAUUUCAUGAAUAUUUUAUUUAUAAUUAAUUCUAUUUAAUAUUUUAGUAUUACCAAUCAGCUGCUCUUUUGUUCCACGACUCUCUUCUCUCAGUAUUGUGGUAUGUCCUGCUUCGAUCAGGCUGUACUUUCAGGACGUGGAGGUCCAUUAACUGUUUUCUGCGUUUGUUCUCUAGUAUUUUUUUUUUUUUUUUUUUUUUUUU